UUCGCGUUCGGCUCCUGAUGCAGGUUGGUACAUACAAGUGGUGUAGCAGCAAAGCUCUCAAAACCUUCCAUCCUUGGUCUCUCAAUUUACAGGGAACUUUUCGAGCUUCAGUCUAUAAGAUUGGUUGGACUUUUGUAGAAGACUAGAAGUUAAAUCAGUAUUCGUUGCCAAGUUCGUCCAGGCCUCUCCAGCUCUUUGUGGUCGAUGAGCUCUUGGCGUCCCGUGAUCUGGCGCUGCUGACGUGAGGCCCAAUCGAACGCGUCUCUUCCUCAUCCCCCCGCACUACGCGUCACUUUUCAACAUCCUUUUCACAGCACACCUAACAUUCUUCGACGAUUGGUACAAAUUUUAGUCGAUGAACUGAGAUGUCUUUGCUAGGUCUUAAUAUUCUACGCCACCUGAUUGACAUUUCCAGAUGACCUCGGGCGAGUCAGCACAACAAGCAAAGGAGCCAUGCUCUCCAGAGCUUGGACCAUUCAAGGACCAAAUAGCACAACCUCAAGAUCCAGAUAGUGAAAAUACCAAUGCCGAUCUUGCCUCGCUAAAGUACUCGCUUCUUGGUCCGUCCUUGACAAAGGCCGGCCAGGACAAGGUUGAUCAGUCCAAGGUCGCCGAAGUUAUCUAUAAUUCUUCCAAAGGUUCCAAGUUCUUCAACCGUGAGGAGGAAAGAGACAAAGCCCUGACUGUCAAGAUUGAUCAAAUCCUCGCCAAAAAGCGACAGUUGGAGAAGCUAGACCUCUCUCGGGAGCUCAGGGCUGCAGAUGCGCUGCUUGCACAACUCGAGGCCUCACGUGAUCUUACUCAACACAUUGUUCAUAUCGAUUGCGAUGCCUUCUACGCCGCUGUUGAACAACUGGACCGUCCCGAGCUCGCAGACCUCCCCUUUGCCGUGGGUGGGGGCGUUCUGACAACCUGUAACUAUGUAGCUCGGAGAUUUGGAUGUCGAAGCGGCAUGGCCGGCUUCGUGGCAAAAAAGCUCUGCCCCCAGCUCAUUUUGCUUCCACUCAAUUUCGACAAGUAUAACGCAAAGGCUGCCGAGGUGCGAGAGAUCCUAGCAGACUACGACCCCCGGUUCGAAAGUGCCAGUAUUGACGAGGCCUAUCUCAACAUCACCCAGUACUGCAUCGACCACGGCAUGGAAGCUGCCGAUGUGGUGUCCCAAAUGAGAAGGGAGAUACAUGAAAAGACACACAUCACCGUGUCCGCAGGGAUUGCAGCCAAUGCACGUCUGGCGAAAAUCUGCUCCAACAUGAAUAAGCCUAACGGACAAUACGUUCUUCCUCGUGACCGGGUCGUCAUCAUGGAGUUCAUGCGGGACCUCUCGUGCCGGCAAGUCAACGGUAUCGGACGAGUUCUAGAGCGGGAGCUUGGUGCCGUUGGCAUAAGCACCUGCGGUGACGUUUAUACGCAACGACAGUUCAUCGAGAAACUUUUCGGUGAGAAGACCUACAACUUCCUUUUGCGGUGCUAUCUUGGCCUUGGACGCACGAGCAUACAACCUGCCGAAGAGUAUGAGCGCAAGAGUGUUGGAACAGAGCGCACGUUUCGUGACAUGGAUAAUCCGACCCAGUUACGUGAGCAGCUCAGACGAAUAGCAGAAGAGUUGGAAAAGGAUAUGCGGCGGGCUGAAUGCAAAGGUCGGACUCUCUGCAUCAAGGUCAAGCUACAUACGUAUGAGGUGCUCACACGUCAAAUAGCUCCGCCAAAGGCGGUCUAUCUCGCCGAUGACUUGUACGACUACGCACUGCCAAUGCUGGUGAAGCUUGAACAAGAGGUCCCUAAUAUGAAGUUACGCCUCCUGGGCCUCCGAUGUACUCAUCUACUCAGCACAAGAAAGCCAGAUACAAUGGCCUUUUUUGGGUUCAGACCGAGGAGGGCGGGCUCUGUAGAGACUGGGGAAUCUACCAGCCGCAUAAAUCCAAAAAAAGCCGCUGGCACUGAAGAAGUGUGGGAGGAGUGGCCCUCUGAAGCACGCAACGAUGUCCUCCUGGUUGAGCGCGCAGGGAGCAGCUCAGGGACCGACAGUCUAUUCUGGAGACAUGGCAAAGAAGUUCUCCCCAACCCGAAGAAGGAAAAACAGCCUGCUGAGGUGAUGCAGGAGGAGCUUUGGGACUGCCCAAUAUGCAACCGACCACAAACGCCUGACGAAAGACAGUUCAAUGAGCACAUUGAUCUAUGUCUCUCGAGGCAAACUAUUCGAGACGCCAUUCAGCAGGUGGCUGCUUCAACCCCUCCACCCGGCAAGCCCAGUAUUCCUGAAGCAAAGAAGAGCAAAGAUAAGAAGAGAGGAAGGCAGUCAACAGCAGCCGAUCCUCGACAGAAGAAGCUCCGGUUUACAUGAGAGCAAGCUGUGGUGCGAUGGGCAGUUAGCUUUCUACCAAGUGAUGAUUGGUGGAAAGGGAAGCACAAUCUCAGGAUAAGUAGAUACCUGCCUUUAUAGGAGCACUGGAAGGCUCACACAUCCAUGUAACUGAAAAAAACAUGUGACUAUGUCUUGGUUCAAAAUAACAGACAGAGCGCCGAAAUGCUGACGAUUACGAUGC